CCUAUAAACCAACUCACUCCGUCGGUCGGAUCGAGAUAGAUAGAGAUAGAUACAGACAUCACGCGACCUCUCUCUCUCUGUCUCAAUUCAUAAUUCUUAACUUGAGGUGCUGCCGCUGCUUGGGGUGUCGGUCUUUCUUUAAUUCUUUCCUUCUUCUUCUGCUGCUCGCUUCUUCCAUUUUCUCUUCCCAUCUUAUUCGUGCAUCUUUUUUCUCUAUCCUCUACCCUCUCCUCUCUCCUACUUUGAGGUGUUUCUUUCUCAAAUAAACAGACACAGAUUUUAUUUUUGUGCCCCUAGAGAAAACAAGAAAAUGAUUGCCGCCACGCAACUCACUGUUGCUCCUUACACCCGCCGGACUACCCAAUUGCUUUCUCCCUCACCAAAUUCGUCAGGGUUUCCCUGUUUCCUUGCAAGCCCGCCAAACUCCCACGCCCGCGCCCGUUGUAAUGCCACUCUUACUCUGCCCUUGGAUGGGAAAACCCGCUUCCUGCCGUGUCAUCCUAUGCUUCGUCCAAGGAAGCAUAUUUUUCCUUAUUUUACUGUCAAUUGUCACCUAAGUUCUGACUGCAGCUUGCAAUCCAAUCAACUGGAAGACACUGAAGAUCGUAAUCUCAAGGAUUUCAAUGGUGCUAUUUCUUCACAUAUCAAUAAAAUCGAUGAAACGCUUGGGGUAGCACCUACCAGUACUUCUCAACCAAAAGAUGUGAAGCAUGAACUCCUUAUGCUGGCUUUGCCUGCAAUUGGUGGUCAGGCUAUUGAACCAAUGGUGCAAUUGAUGGAGACUGCAUUUAUUGGUCGCUUGGGUUCUAUGGAGUUGGCUUUGGCUGGUGUCUCCAUAUCGCUAUUUAACAUAGUCUCCAAACUUUUCAAUAUUCCUCUCCUGAGCGUUGCUACUUCCUUUGUGGCUGAAGACAUCUCCAAGAACUCCCGCAGAUUUUCCACAUCAGAAAAGAUGCAGCUAUCUUCAGUAUCCUCAGCUUUGUUAUUAGCUGUUGGCAUUGGCAUCUUUGAAGCUUUGGCUUUGUCUCUUGGAUCUGGACCUCUGCUUGGUUUGAUGGGCAUAUCACCAGUCUCCUCCAUGCAUGCUCCUGCCCAAAGGUUUCUUAUUCUGAGGGCUCUUGGUGCUCCUGCUUUUGUUCUUUCUUUGGGACUGCAAGGCAUUUUCCGUGGUUUCAAGGAUACCAAGACCCCUGUAUUUUGUUUAGGUUUAGGAAACUUUACUGCUAUAUUUCUUUUUCCCCUUUUCAUGCAUUACUGCAAGUUGGGAGUAUACGGGGCUGCUAUUUCAACUGUUGUCUCUCAAUACAUUGUCGCCUUUUCAAUGAUUUGGCAACUGAGUAAGAGAACUGUAUUAUUGCCUCCAAAACUUGGAGAAUUGGAGUUCGGCAAUUACUUUAAAUCAGGUGGUUUUCUUAUUGGAAGGACUCUUGCUGCUCUUGUAACUAUGACACUGGGUACAUCCAUGGCUGCUCGUCAGGGACCUCUAGCAAUGGCUUCUCAUCAGAUAUGCUUGCAAGUAUGGCUUUCUGUGUCUCUCCUUACUGACGCACUUGCUACUUCGGCUCAGGCCCUGAUCGCGAGUUAUUUAUCAAAGAAUGAUUACAGAACUGUGAAGAAUAUCACUGACUUUGUCUUAAAGAUUGGUUUGGUUGCUGGUGCUUCCCUAGGUGUGCUUCUGGGGGUUUCUUUCAGUGCAUUGGCUCCAUUAUUUACAAAAGAUCCAGCUGUCCUGGAACUUGUUAGAACUGGAGUUCUGUUUGUAGGUGCUAGUCAACCUUUAAAUGCUUUAGCUUUUAUCUUUGACGGUCUUCAUUAUGGUGUUUCAGACUUCUCUUUUGCUGCAGUUUCAAUGAUGCUGAUUGGGGCAUUGUCUUCCGGAUUUUUGCUAUAUGCUCCAACAUUUUUUGGUCUAUAUGGUGUUUGGUUGGGCUUGACUCUCUUUAUGGGACUUAGAGUGGUGGCUGGAGUUAUCAGAUUAUUAGCACCAAGGGGCCCAUGGUGGUUUCUGCAUGGUGAUGUUAAAGAUUUGGAGCUGGCUGGCUGAGACACUCGGACAACAAGGUCAAGCUUCGGAUUUUGACAGCCUCAGUCAAAUUUUCAUCGUGCCGUAGGCAACAGUAGACACUGCAGAUAAGCAGCUCCCUUUUGUUUUUUACUAUUUGAUUGAUUGAGCUGCCAGUAGGAAUCAGUUGCCCAGAAAUGGCAUGUUUACUUAAUUUAUCGUAUAUGAUCUGGUUCUUGUUCCCUACCACAUGUAAAUUUACCAAAUCCUGCAAUUUGGGGGACACAUUAUCGCCUUAACAUUAUUCUAUGUACUUGAAAAUUGAAAAACCUAUUGUGCAUAUUUAAUUUAAGCAUA